GUCACACCCGGGAGGCGAGGAGAGGCAGGCACCUGUGGCAAGAUGGACAUGGGCAGCAAAGAGGCCUUGAUGGAGAGCCCACCGGACUACUCAGCAGCUCCCCGGGGCCGCUUCGGCAUCCCCUGCUGCCCGGUGCACCUCAAACGUCUUCUCAUCGUGGUCGUCGUGGUGGUCCUCGUGGUCGUGGUGAUUGUGGGGGCCCUGCUCAUGGGGCUCCACAUGAGCCAGAAACACACCGAGAUGGUCCUAGAGAUGAGCAUCGGGGCGCCGGAGGCCCAGCAGCGCCUGGCACUGAGCGAGCGGGUGGGCACCACCGCCACUUUCCCCAUCGGCUCCACUGGCAUUGUCACCUGCGACUACCAGCGGCUCCUGAUCGCCUAUAAGCCAGCCCCGGGAACCUGCUGCUACCUCAUGAAGAUGGCUCCGGACAGCAUCCCCAGUCUUGAGGCUCUGGCUAGAAAAUUCCAGAACUUCCAGGCCAACCCUGCAGAGCCUCCCGCUCAGCGGGGCCAGGACAAGGGGCAAGCCGCAGGCCCGGCGUCCUCCGGAGGAGAGCUGGCCUUCCUGGGCGCAGCCGUGAGCACCCUGUGUGGGGACGUGCCUCUCCUCUACAUCUAGGACUCAGACAGUGCCUUUGCCUCCACGCAGGGUCUGCGGAAGCCCCGAGGGGCUCAGGAGGGACCGGAGAGCAGAAGGGUCUUCCGCCAAGAGGCAGGAUGCUGCGUCUGCCCGCACCUCCAAGGCCGGCUGUGGGCGA